CAGUAGCAGUAAAUCAAAAAAUUAGCAGCUUGGGGGGAAAAAAAGGAUGUAUCUUUGUGCCUUUCAGCAGGGACUUGAAUUUGGCAGGGGAUGCUGAGGAUGAACCUUUUGCUGUUUGCCAUAAAAGCCUGCCCAAGCUGGGUCCAAGUCAGAACCUUGGGGGAAAAAGGCAAAGAAGCUGGGGCUGGCUUUCCUCCUCGUCCAGGGCACAGACUGGCCUGCGCAGAAGAUGCGUGGGGUUGCCUCAAAGAAGCCUCUUGCUGCAGAAGUUGGUACGUGUGCGUGGUGCAAGAGCUGAGUGCUGAGAAGACAGGACAUGGAACCGAGCCUGCACGGAUCAGUCUCUGCUUUGUGCUCCUGGAUGAUGUUAGGUGAGGCGGUUCACAUUUCCCAGGCGUAGGCUACCGUGCUUUCCAUUUCUGGACGCCUGGUUGGGAGCCCUCAUGGUGUGAUGGACAGAGACGCUGAGCACUCCCAGCCACUUGUAAAGGUGACGAGAGCAGUGUUUUAGAUGUCCCAAGUGCUGUGGGAUGUUAUGUACUCUGGAACCUGAGAUCAUCCAUGAAUUCUGAAAUUGAGCAUCCAAAACGAGGAGAUAUUUGAGACUUUCAGUUCCUUGUGCCACAGUUCUCUGCACGUACAAUGUGGCUAACAUCAUGCUUGGCCUUACGAAGGUGCUGGGAAGAUGAACUGACUGAUGGGCAGGAGCACUAUUCUAGAACCACAGAGGAAGAUGGGAUGGAAUAAAGCAUAAUGUUAGAAGCAGAGCCAGUGAAUUGACACCACCUGUCCUGUGCAUGGCAAAAUAGUGCGCAAUUGUGUAAGUAAUGCCAAUGUCAGCACACACAAGCCUGAGAGAACUGAAUUCACGCUUCUCAAGCAUCCUGAAAUUUGCUUCCCUUGCUACUGAGUGCUUGACUGUGUAGUCAUAAUAAAGCUCUUUCAUUGUGAAAUGACUGCAAACAUGGAAAGAAAGAAAGCAAAAAGCCUCCCACCCAAUUAUGAAGAGAAUAAAAAAGAGCAUUUAGAGCAUUUCUUGCAAAAAGUCAAGAGAAUGAUAAGAGAAGUGGAUGGGGACAAGAGAAAGUGAAAUGGAAGCAGAAAGAUCCUUAUAGUCUUUGUUCAUCCUUCACCCCAGUCAUCAGUGAAAUGGACUCGUGAUAUUUCAGAAAGAAGGAAGGAAAAAAGGCAGCAGCACAGCCUGGAUCCUAGAUGAUAUAGGACAGAAGAAAAGGAAGUAUUCUUGACUUGUGUUCUGGUCUCGGCGGUGUGGGUCUCUCUCUGAGUAAGUGGAGGGAAAGGAGGACAAACCUGCAGUUCCGGGAGAAUGGAAAAACUGCUACAGAUAGCAGUGUUUGUGAAGGCUUUCAUCAGCUGCAGUGCCCUCCUGGAUCUGUCUGGCCUCCACCAGAUCGAUGGGACGUGGAAGGGAUCCACCACCUUACCGUGUACCUACGUGCCCGCAGAAGGUUUCACGCAGCAGACACUCACCUGGAGCAUGGAGCGAGACUACAGCACCUCCACCGUCUUUCGGAGGGAUAGCUCUGGCGACCACGUCUUGCUGUCCCGGUUCAGAGACCGUGUCGCUGUCCCGAAGAACAGCCCGGGGGAUGUCGCGCUUCAAAUCAAGGACCUUGAAAUCACUGACAGUGGGCACUACACCUGUCAAGUCGUCUGGAGGUCUGAAAAUAACAGCUUGAUAACAAAGGAGGUGACCACUACAGUCAGAGUUGUCAAAGUUGCAGUGACUAAGCCCGUCAUCAGGGCUGGUGAGCUGGGACUGAUGGUCCCAGCAGGAGCCAGGACCAGCCUGACCUGCGUGGCCAGCGGAUCCCCACCCAUCAGCUACCGCUGGUUCCUGGGAGAGCCGGGAGGAAAAGCUCGGCAGCUGAGCAGCCAGGCUGAGCUCACGUUUGACAGCCUGCGACCCUCCGACUCGGGGAAAUACUACUGCGAAGCAGAGAACAGGGUUGGGGCAGGCGUUGCCCAGCGGAGCGAUGCCGUGGAGCUGACGGUGAGAGAUCUGUCCACAGCAACACCGGCCGCCGGGGAGGACGCUGCGUCAGCAGGGCCUCCCGCUGCCACAGGGCUGCGGCGGGGCGGGCUGCCGCUGUACGUCAUCGUCCUGCUGGCCGGGCUCUGCGGGGCCGCGCUCAUCGCCAUCGUCGCCGUGGCCGUCGCGCGCCGAGGGAAGGCGAGGGACGAACCUCUCUAUGAAGUUGCAUUCCAUAGCACCGCAGAUGUCAUGAGAACAGAGCCUGAUCUGGAAGUCCCUGCCAAAUGCCUACAGAGGGAGUUAAAUUCUAGCACUGAAGCACCAUAUGAAGCUGUCACCAUGAAAGACAAUGACUACAGCAACAUAUUAUGUACAGGGAAAAACACUGAGUCUGAGACCCUUGUGAAGGCAAUGGAAUCAGAAUAUGAAGUAGAAAACUUUUAGUAGAGUACCUGCGUUUCCACACGAGCAGCUGUGCAGAAGAUGGAGCUGCAGAUCUUGAGUGGUGAAUUUUACCAAAGGAAGCUAUUUUUCCUGUCUGCCUACUCCGCUGAUAAAUAUACCAGUCUCAUUGCUUUGUUUAACCUGGGGGGACUGCAUAGUCUUGGGCUCUGGUGAAUAAGGUCCUGCCUGUUGGUGCGGAAACCCUGAGCCAAGUGGUUCUCUACCUACAUUUAUGUAGCUAUUAAUUUACGAGCAGCCUGAAGGACGAAGGUGAGGAAGAAGGGACCUGGAGGAGCAGAAACACAAAAGCCUUUAGCCUGCAGGUCUAGGUGCAGCUGGUUGCAACACUGCUGGCCAGUAAUACUGGCAGGGUAUAUUCUCAAGCGUAUGUUCCCCUGUUUGGACAUCACAUACUGCAAGGGACCAGGAAUUGUGCCGGGAGUGGAGUGUUCCCUGGCUUUUACCGUUCAACAAAUACUGGUUGCACAGCUUGUUUGCCCUUGAGUCUUUUUCAUUUGAGGAUGGUGAAGGGACCACAGAGGAGGUUGAUGUCCCAGGAAUGUCAUUUUUCCAAUCAGACCGGAAUAAAUUACUUAGAGAAGAGGGAAUGGCCCAGAGCUGAUGAUCCUCCUAACCCCCACUGGCUGUUUUUCUCCUGGAAAAGCAGAACUGGUGUUGAAAGAAAUGUUAGAAUUUCAUAGUUUGGGAGCCAGAGGCAUAAUAACAUAAAAGCAUUGCAGAAUAUUAGCCUUCUCGAUGACUGCUUAGAGAGAAAAUAAGGCUUUUGGUAUAGUGAUUGAGCAAGGGACCUCCCUGGACUCAACUCAGAUUGAUACCAAUUCACUGUGUGGAACAUGACGCAAUCUGUCUGUCUGAUUACAGUGGAGAUACUAAUGCUGACCUAUGUCAUGGGGUGCUGUGAGCUUUCAGGUUUGAAAAGUGCUUGAUUAGUGCAAAGUGUUUUCUUCCCCGGGGCAAGCACAAAAGACUUCAAACCGCAUACUGAUUCUGACUUCCUGGAUAUUUCACCAGUGCCUUCGUAUUUCUGUUGCUUACAAAUUUGUGCUUUUGCUCUGUCUCCUGGUUUAAUUCUGAGGAACAGCUAGUGGUCCAGCCAUGGCCACAACUUGACUUGGGAGUCUGACUUGUAUUUGUCUUCUGCAGAGAAAAGGACAGGACAGGGACAGCAUGCCUGCACAUCAGCCCACAUCUAACUCCUUUCAUGACUACAGCCUACAUCAGACCCUGUAAGGCAAGUUUUCAGGGCCAUGGUGCUGCCCCUGCUUGGGAAUUUUCACAAACCUGCAGACACCUACCCCCGUGGUGACAGCACAGUAAGAUAUAGGAAAGUGAAGGUGACAGAGUGAGGCCUGAAGUCAAUGGAAAAGCUCUGAUUUCAGUGAGCUGGUUAGGUGCAUCAGUGAUCAAGCUAGGCACACUGGGUUGAGGGUUUCCCAAUAGCACCUUUCUUCCAGACCCUUCAGCUAGUUCUGUUUUUUUAAGGAGUUUAUCAGUCACCGUGGGGUGAUAAGUGUUGUUAUGCUACUAAGUCAGUGUCAGAGGUUAGGAGGAUUCUGAGGAUACUGCAAUAGUGACUCUUCCUUCACUACCACUGGAAGGGUAAGAUAGGAGCUGGAGAAGACAGAUCAUCUAAAUGAUAUAAAAACCUUGCCUGUGAUUUAGCUCAGGAGUUAAAAUCCUUGGCUUUCAUCUCACACCAUUACUCAGUAUGUUGGUCUGCUCUGAAAAACAGUUAUUUAAAAAAAUCUUUGGCUCCAUAUUUUUUGGCUCUCGGAGACUCAAAUCAGCUAUUCCUCUCCAAGCAAAAGCAAAGCUGUUUUCUAACAGCCAGUGUUGCAAAUGCCUUUCGGUCCCAGAGUCUCGAGCCAGACUCUUUCACUGCGGGCUGUGCAGUCCCGUGAUCUUCAGGCUACACAAGCCUUGAGGACAACAGAGUCAGCAGGACCUUUGAUGACCUGAUAGCCUUGAAUCUGCAACACCUUCCAAGGCUGUGUCUAAGCUGCAGUUCAGGUGUCAUGAUGUGCAGAUUUAUGUGAGGGAAAAGACAUGGAAUAACAGUGUGGUUAUCUGCUACUGCCCACCACCGUGCUCUGUGCAAGCUCUUCAACCCCAAGGUACCACUGGAGCCAGAGGAAGUGUCCCCCACACUGAGGGCCUGUCCCAGGCGUUAACCUGUGAGCAUCACCUGUCCUCCCUGCUCGCAGCGGGGCUGCUGCUGGCACAGCUGAACCGCCCCCGGUCCGGGCAGCAGACUGCACUGCCGCUGGCAGGCCCUCGCGGGCGAGCGCCUCGGGCAGGCCCACAGGACCGCGUUGCCGUGGGCUCCGCGGCCGCCUGGCCUCGGCAUACCUGGGUGAUGGCUAAGUGUCGCAGUCGCAGCCUCGCUGGAAGGUAAAGGUUGCAUUGACCCCACAGGUCUGACAGGAACACACAAAACCUUAAGAGUUCAUUGCUUGCCCUUCCCCAACCUCUGACUUAAUAUACUGAUGACUAAAUCUUUUCCCAGGAUUGAUUCCAAGUAGAAGCAGUCAUGUUGUGAAAAUGUAGCUUCGCAUGCAGACAACAACUUCCUCCCCACCUGUCAAACAUAGAGAGGCUGUGAGGAUCAGCGCCAGAGCAAGGCAGGAGAAAACAAUACUGAGAAACAGUAAAUCACUUCCUCCUGAGACACUAUUUCCAGUAUACAUCUUAAAUGCCAGGGCCAGGCCAAGAGAAGCACCAUGACUGUGGCUUAGAGUUGUGUGGCAAUCAGAAGAACUAAUACUGCUGGGAGAGGUGCAAGGAAGGUCACAUCCCCAUCACUCCGGAAGGCAGCAGGCCCCGUUCAGAAGCCUGGAUGAAAUCAGCUGGUGGUCUUCAUCCGGCUGCCGGACAUCGGGUGUCUGUCUCAAAACCUCCAGCUCUGAGAGCCACACCACACCAGGCAGCGUUUUAUGUCCCCAAGCCAGAAGGCUCUGCUUCUCUUCUAGCACCAUCUGCUGACAAGGAAACAAAAACUGCCCUGCUGUAGGAAACGACCCCAAAUCGGAGCGCACGGACUGGAGGCAUGCCCUUACACACGCUGCUGGGAAGCAGCUGAUCGAGGCAGGAGCGAAGAACACUGCACGUGCUUGAGCGCAUGAGAGGAGGCAUCGCGCUUACGCGGGUUGGGUGGUGUAAGGCUUGGCUGGAGGAGGAGGUGAGACCGCUUGGAAAGGAAGGAGUGAGAAAGGUCCGGGCUCUGUGCCCCCUCCUCUGCCUGUAGCAGGGCAUGGCACUGCCUCUGGCUGCCCAAACCCCGGCUGAAGGCGUUCGCUGCUCUGGGAGAUGCGAUGAGCAAAGCCCUCCUAGUCAGAGUCUUGUCAGAGCCAGUGGGUUUUCAGGAACCAUUUCAGUUUCCACACAUUUCCAUGUCACAAUAAAGAAAACUAUUUAAACAAUGGUCCCCCACCAGGCCGCAGACGUGCCUGGCUCUGACACCGGUUUUCACCAGAGCUCAGGUCCCGGGAACUCAGCUGGAGCUGAGGGCAGAUUGAGCUGAGUGUCAGGCAAACUGCAAGACUUUGAGCAAAAAGUUGGGGCUUCUUUUAAACUUUUUUGUCUUUGUAGCCUGAAAGGUUCACAUUUUCAAAGUUCCUCUGUAACCACCAGCUCUAGAAGUGCAUAUACUAUUAAAGCUAAGGUUUUUACCUAACCCUGUGGCUCCAGGAGCCGGGGCUUUGAGAAGGA